AUGCGGGGCUUGAGACCACCCCUGAGUCUUCCUACUCCGGCCACCGACAGUGACAGCAAGGGCGAUACCGCCGCCAACAACGGCAAUCAAGCUUCCGACGUGUCGACCGCUUGGCAAUACACGACCCCGGUCCUGGGGGCCGUGGUCGUAGCUGUCUUUGGCUACGUCUACGCAUACCAGACCGACAAAGUCAAGAAAAGGUGUUUCGGCUCGGCUAGCCUCGUUGCAGCAAUCGCGAGCAGCGCUCUUUUCGACGAGAGAUGCUUUGUACAGCUGCGCUGGACGAUCAUCACUGUCGCGAUGUUGCUCAACAUCGGAUGGGUGAGCCUAUUGGUUGAGCACUUCUUCGAGAGUCCGACGAAGGUGUUGGCAUAUGCCCUUGGUGGGAGCCUCACCACUGCCCUGCUGAUGUUGUGUGGUACCGUGAUGUUGUCGAGUACCGAAGUCGGCAAGGUCAGCUUCCUGAACUUCAUCGUUGCGGGUUUCUUCGUUUCCGCUGCCGGCACUGCAAUCUAUUCUGCGGUGCAGAAGCAAAUCUCCUCCCGUGAGAUCAGCACGAAUGAUCACGUGUAA